CGGGAGGGCAACCAUAGAGGCGAAGGAAGGCAGAGCGGCCGCCCGCCGGGGGCCUCUCUAGCCUGCCGGCCGGAAGCGGCGGCGGGGCCGCGCCAUGGCGGGGACGGCGCUGAAGCGGCUGAUGGCCGAGUACAAGCAGCUGACCCUGAACCCCCCAGAAGGAAUAGUAGCAGGUCCCAUGAAUGAAGAGAACUUCUUUGAAUGGGAAGCCCUGAUUAUGGGUCCUGAAGACACCUGCUUUGAGUAUGGGGUUUUCCCUGCCAUCCUGAGCUUCCCACUUGACUACCCCUUAAGUCCUCCGAAGAUGAGGUUCACGUGUGAGAUGUUCCAUCCCAACAUUUACCCAGAUGGAAGAGUUUGCAUCUCCAUUCUUCACGCUCCUGGGGAUGAUCCCAUGGGAUAUGAGAGCAGUGCUGAGAGGUGGAGUCCUGUGCAGAGUGUGGAGAAGAUCCUCUUGUCAGUGGUCAGCAUGCUGGCAGAGCCCAAUGAUGAAAGUGGAGCCAAUGUCGAUGCCUCCAAGAUGUGGCGGGAAGACAGAGAACAGUUUAACAGAAUUGCCAAGCAGAUUGUGCAGAAGUCACUUGGACUUUAAGCUCACAAAGAGACUGAAGUGUUUUGUAUUUUUCUCCACCUGGAAACGAGCAGUGCUCAGUGCUGGUACCAAAAAGGAAAACUUUGCAAAACUAUUGGCCUAGUUCUUCUUAUCAUUCGUUAUUUAUUUACCAUCUCUUUUCUUCUUCCACUGCUCCAGAGAAGCCUCUAAUUCACUUACUAAAUUGUGUGGAAAAGGGAUUUAAUACUAGGGAAAAACACAGAGGCAGUGUUGUUUCAGAGGCUGCUUGUUGCUACCUCACUUCAGGGUAUGGAAAGCUUGGAGACUGUACAAUCUGCAGCCCAACUUGGCCAAUCUGCUGGAUGAGAACAGAGCUGGUUUGGAUUACCUGCUGGAAGAAUUAGUUGUAUGGUUGGUUUUUCUAGGUAGCAUUGCUUCUGGAGCACCAGUAGGCAGGAAAUAAUCUAGGACAGCAUUUGCAGUGUACUUAGAGAAGCUGUAAAACAAGAUUAUAGUCAGGAUCUGUUAGCAAAGAAGGUGAUUGUGCAGCAUGAAACUUUUAAGAGAACUUGGGGGUUGUUACCAGGCUGGGGGGUUAGGAUGGGCUGGUGUCCCCGUGUAACAAUGGGAGUGUAUAUUGAGCCUUGGAGUCAGUGCUUGCUUGAAAGAAAUCCCAAGAGCUGCUUUAUUUCUCCUUGAAGACACUCAAUUGUAAACUUUUGCAUUCAAUGAGACGUGCAAGAUGGAAAGACUGGAUUCUUAAACACCUUGGUUAGGCUCACCAUGGGUGAGGUGGGUCAAAGGCAGCCUGAAAACCUGGAGAGAAUGUGUCUGCUCUGCUGGGCAUGUAAAAUAUCUGUGCAGUAAUGUCAGCUCCUUGUCUGCAUUUGAGUGUUGAGGGGAUCAGGCACUGCUGGCCUUGCCACUGCAGCCCAGCUCACCUGUUUCUCAGGUGAACGAGCUGAAGUUUGUCAAUCAACAUUUCUUGAUGCUGACCACUCUUUUAAAUAUGUAAAUAUGAAUUUAGAGAAGACACUUGACUGUUUUCUAGAGGAGGGUAUGAGAUGUGUUCAGAGUAUUGUGGCCAACUGCUGGUGUGGAGGGUGCAGGACACAGCAGCUGCAGCCGUCAGGUUGUGAAAACUGCUCAGGGGCCACUGGUGACCUUUGUGACAGAUCUCUUGUGUAGGUCCAAAUCUUCUCCAAUUUACCACAAGCAAUAACAUGCCCACGGACAGCACAUGGAAUCAAAAUGUGUUUACAGCUUUCAAGGGGGCUACCUUUGAGAAGGGCUCUUUUAUUUCUUUUCCCCUGUAAGAAGCGUGUGACGUGGAAGGAGUCGUGACAUGGAGAAGGUUUUGUGGAGGUGACAGUGCAUGCACGUGCCUACAACUUGUCAGUAUUGAUGUCUUGCUGCCUGUGCUGCAUCUCCACGUGCUGCAGACCUCAGUGUGCCAUCAUUCUGCACCUCUGAAGAGUUUGUCUUGCUACAACUUGCUGAUUUUUACCUCCUCCUAGAAGUAACUCGUCUUGUGUUGGUGGGAGGAGGACCUGACGUGGGAGCAGGGACAGUGUUGGACCUAACUAGUAUUUCAAAGCAUACAGGAAAAUGUAGCACUUAUAUACAAACUAGGAGUGUUUUUUGAAGUGUGGUAGAUGGAGUGCUGCUCCAAGGAGUCCUGCAGCUUCUUCUGGACACAACCCUGGAGAGCUGUGAGGACCCCUCAGGAAAUGAUGGACUCAGCAGACACAACAAAAAGUGGGCUUUGUUGUUUUUCAAGUGUGGAGUAUUUUAUUCCUGUGUGCUCACUCAUUGUUUGAUGGUGGGAUUUAGUCUGUAUACUGAAAAUAAAGUGGUUCUAUUUUUUCCUUCCACUGA